UAGCUCUGCGAAAGCAAAAUAGAUAAAAAUAUUUUGCAGUUAUCAUUUAUAUUUGUAGUAUUCGUGAAGUGUUACGCGUUAGGUGAAGAAUUUUAUUUUUUCGCAUUAAUCCAGCGAUGAGUACAUCAAAAUCAUCAAAUUCCAUUCCUUCAUUCGGCUGGAAAGUGAAACUGAACCAUGUUUUUCCCGAAAAACGGGAUCAGAAUUUCACCCCAUCGUUCAGAAUCGUAUUCUCUUUGAUUCGUCUAAUAAUCAGGUAUCUCCUGUAUCAAUUCUGGUGUUAUUUUCAUCGUCGGAAACCGGUCAUGGAUUACAUAUUUACUAUCGUUCCUAAGCAGAUUUACGGUGUACCGUUAGGAGGUAUAGGUGGUGGCACUAUCGGACGUGGAUUCAAAGGAGAAUUUUGUAGAUUACAAAUGAAACCUGGUAUAUACGAAUACGAUAUUAUAGACGCCGAUCAGUUCAUCGUUACUGUACGUAAUUCAAAAGAGGUUACCAUCUAUCAGAACGUCUUAUCAACCAGCAGUGGUCCUCAAUCGGGUGCCUUGAGUUAUUGGAAAUGGAAUUUUCCUGGUGAAAAUGCCGAAUACACAGCUCUCUAUCCGCGUUCCUGGACUAAAUACUACAUUCCUGAAUGUAAAAUUGAACUUAUUUGUAGACAAGUCUCACCUGUGAUACCUCAUAAUUAUAAAGAUAGCUGCUUACCAGGAGGAGUAUUGAUCUGGACGGUUCGAAAUUUCAAUUCCGAAGAUCUCAAAGUAUCGAUAACAUUUUGUAUGAAAGGCUACAAAGGAGCCAACGAAUGUGGUAGUUUCACGUACGACAGCGAUGACAGCAAAGUAACCGGAGUCGAAAUCUUUAAUAAAAUAAACUCGUCUAAAUGUACCUACGUUAUUGGUGUUAAAGAAGAUCCUGAUGUCAACGUUACUAGUUCGUGUUUCAAUCCCAAAGGAUCUGGCGUAACGUUAUGGGAUAAAUUAAGAGAAAAAGGCGGCUUUUCUGGAAAAUUAGCUUCUCAUAUACAAUACUUCGGUGAUAUUGCCGGCGCUGUAUGUGCUCAAAUAAAUGUCCCCGUGGAUACGGAGAAAAAUUUGGAAUUUGCUGUAGUAUGGCACAUGCCUUAUAUACAAUUUCGUAAUAAGCUGGCCACUUAUGAACGAUAUUACACAAAGUAUUUCGGCAACGACGACGCGGCCGGAAUAAUAAUGUGUCAUUACGCAUUAACGCAUUAUUCGCAAUGGGAAAAAGACAUCGAUAAUUGGCAGAAUCCUGUACUAAACGAGAGUUCACUACCAGAUUGGUAUAAAAGCGCCAUAUUCAACGAACUGUAUUUCAUAUCAGACGGUGGCACGAUUUGGGUUAACGCAGACACGGACGAAAAUAAAUUACAGGUCACAGAUGUGAGAAAAGAAUUUGGAAGAUUUGCUUACCUCGAAGGUCACGAAUAUCGUAUGUACAACACGUACGAUGUACAUUUCUACGCUUCGUUCGCUUUGGCAGAUUUAUGGCCUAAAUUACAACUCGGAGUCCAGUACGAUUUUCGCGACGCUGUCACCGUUGCGGAUGAUUCCUGGCGGUGGUUCUUGUUCAACGGACACAUAGGACAUAGGAAGGAGGCUAAUUGUAUUCCUCACGAUAUCGGCGAUCCUGAGGAAGAACCUUUCAUACGAAUCAACUCGUACCCAGUACACGACGUCGCCGACUGGAAAGAUUUGAAUUUGAAAUUUGUCUUGCAAUGUUAUCGAGACUACGUUUAUACAAACGACGACAUUUACCUGAAGGAUAUGUGGCCUCAGGUGAAACUUAUCAUGAACUGUUGCCUCAAAUGGGAUUCAGAUAACGAUGGUAUGAUCGAAAACGGCGGAUUCCCAGAUCAGACCUAUGAUGCUUGGACAAUGAGUGGUGUUAGUGCGUAUUGCGGAGGAUUAUGGCUGGCAGCAUUACGUGUUACUGUAGAAAUGGCUGCGACUCUUGACGAUAAAGGUACCAAGGAGAAAUUCACAUCAAUAUUGGCGCAAGCUAAAUCCGUAUACAAUAAAAAAUUAUGGAAUGGAAAUUACUAUGAUUUCGAUUCGAGCCAGGCAGAAGACGCCAAAGCAAUAAUGGCCGAUCAAUUAUGCGGAAUGUGGUACUUACAAGCGAGCGGAAUUACGGAACCGAUAUUACCAACGGAGAAUGUUCGUAAAGCUCUACGCACCAUCUACGAAAACAACGUGAAACGAUUCAAAAAUGGCGAAAGUGGAGCUGUGAACGGAAUGCUACCGAAUGGUCUCGUCGAUAAAAGCUCGGUUCAAAGUCAAGAAGUAUGGACUGGAGUAACAUACGGUGUAGCUUCGCAUUUAAUUUUCAUGGGUAUGAAAGAAGAAGGAUUACAUACUGCCAAAGGAGUAUACGAAACUGUAUACAAUAGAAUAGGAAUGGGGUUCGAAACGCCGGAAGCGUUAUAUGAAAACAGAUACAUUCGAUCGGUUGGCUACAUGAGACCUUUGAGUAUCUGGUCUAUUCAGAAAGCAUUACAAAAAGAGAAAAACGAGUAGAUAAUUUACAGUCAACGGAUGAUCUCUUCUAAUGCUCGGAUUGUGUAUAGUGAAUUAUGAUUUUUUUUUCAACGAGAAAGUAAUCGGUUUUGUUGUUGCGAUUUCAUUUUUGAUUUCACGUUUACGCUUUCGUAGUGAUAUUUUUGUUUCUUUCGUUUUUAUUUUUACAUGUUUUGUUAUCGUCAGCAUUUUAAAGUAUGUUCAGUAUUUUGUUAUUAGAAAUAUAUACCUACCUAUGAAUCGAUAUUGUAAUGUUGGCGUUCGAGUGUUUCAUCAGUGAUUGAUUAUCACAGCAAUCGUGUGUGUUUGAGUGUAAUUUACCAUUUGUUUCUCGUACUUUAAAUCGAUAAUCCAUAGAUUGAAGUAGUUAAAUUGUUUGUUUUUUACCGUAGAAUUUGCAUAUCGUUUAUUUUAUUAUCCUACAUUUCUAUUCCUUUUUUAUUUUAUUCGAAUGUUACAUUUAUUUUUUCCUCGAUUUUAAGCAUUUAAGUGAGAAAUUGUCAAUGUCAAUUGUGAUGAAAAAUGUAGUUUUAUUAUGAUUAUACUGAUUAUACAAACCAAAAAGUACUGAAUGAGUUAUUGAACUUGAUGUUUUUUAACCGCUGGCGACAGUUUACAAAUCAUUUCGAGGGCAGUACAAUAGGCCUACGAAAUCACUAAUUGCAAAUUACAAAAUACCAUAGUAAACAAUUUGUCUAGUUAGUAAAUAUGUCACACGAAUGAUGAAAUUUUAAUAGCUUUUCGUACUUUGAAAUCUCCUUUCUCUUUCGAAAGAGUAGGUCUAGAUAUUAUGAAUAUAUGAAUAAUGAAAUCUUUGAUAACUUUUCGUACGUUGAGCCUUAUUUUCUCUUCUCAGCGAGCAGAAUAUUUCUAGUUCAAUGUUUAUUUACAAAUUUGGGAUCACAAAAUAAAGUUUUCUUUGAUAA